AUGAAAGUAAGAAGACAUAUUGAUAAAGUGUUGAAUGCACAAACUGUUGAAGAAGUUCAGAAAAAUCGGUUGAGACUUAUGACAACAAUUGAAAGUGUUCGAUGGCUUAGCUUACAAGCAUGUGCAUUUAGAGGUCAUGAUGAAUCUUUAGCUUCUAAUAAUCGAGGUAAUUUUUUGGAGAUGAUAAGACUUAUGGGGAGACUGAAUGUUGACAUUGAUGAUGUUGUCUUAGAAAAAGCUCCGAAAAAUGCAAAGUAUACCUCGCCAACUAUUCAAAAAGAGAUUUUGCAUAUUCUUGCGAACAAAGUGAGGAAAAAGAUUUGUGAAGAAGUUAGAGAUGCAAAGUUUUGUAUUUUGGUUGACGAAGCCAAAGAUGCAUCAAAUAAAGAACAAAUGGCUAUUGUUUUGAGAUUUGUUGACAUUCAGGGUUUUGUACGAGAGCGUUUUUUUAGUAUUGUGCAUGUUUUAGAUACUACUUCUUCAACACUUAAAAAAGAAAUUUGUGAUGUGCUCGCUCGAUAUAACUUGCAUAUUUUCAAUAUGCGAGGUCAAGGGUAUGAUGGUGCUAGCAAUAUGCGUGGCGCAUGGAAUGGACUACAAGCUCUAUUUCUCAGAGAUUGUCCUUAUACAUAUUAUGCUAUAGAAAUUGCACAUAUGGUAGCUACUGGAGAACGUAAGACUGGUAGAGGGGCUAAUCAAAUUGAUAAUUUACAUCGAAGUGGAACUACUCGCUGGAGCUCUCAUUUUGAUUCUAUUUGCAGCUUAAUAGAUAUGUAUGGUGUAACUAUUACUGUGCUUGAAAGUAUUGUUCAAGAAGGAUCUUCUAAUUCUAUACGUGGAGAAGCUGGUGGUUGUUUGAUUCAAAAAUCUCUUGACAUCUUAAAUGCAAUGGAUCUUGUAUCAACUACUAAAGCAUUGCUUCAAACUUUAAGAGAUGCCGGAUUUGAUCUUCUCCUUGCAAAUGUGCAAUUUUUUUGCACAAAAUAUGAGAUUGACAUACCACAUAUGAAUGCUUCGUAUAAAAAGGCUACAGAAUUAAAUUCUAGAUUCAGUGAUGAGACAGUAGAACUCCUUGUACUUAGCUCUGCUUUAGAACCUAAAGACAACUUUAAAUCAUUUAAAGUUGAUGCUAUUUACAAGCUUGCUGAGAAAUUUUAUCCUGAAGAUUUCAAUGAACAAGAGAUGUAUUAUUUGAGAUCUCAGCUAGAGCAUUAUCAGAUUGAUGUGAUUCAUCAUGAGAGCUUUCAGAAUAUGUCUACCAUUUCUGAAUUAUGUCGAGGAUUAGCUGAAACAAAUAAGUCGCAGCACUAUCAUUUGAUUGACAGGUUGAUUCGUCUUGUUUUGACUUUGCUUGUUUCCACUGCCACUACAGAGCGAGGAUUUUCAGCUAUGAAACAUGUUAAGACUAUGCUUCGCAAUAAAAUGGAAGAGGAGUUCUUAGCAGAUUCUAUGAUGAUUUACAUUGAACGAGAGCUUGUUGAAGAUAUUGAUUCGGAUUCGAUCAUAGAUGAAUUCUAUUCUACAAAACAUCGAAGGGUGCAACUUUGA